GUCGGUAGUCACAGAAGCUGUACUCGUCUUUUGGAAGAGAGGAACGCCAGAUAAGAUGAUUAAAGCAGUAAUUGUGAUCAACACAGAGGGGAAGCCUCGUCUUGCAAAAUUUUACGAGUUUCAGCCGGUCGAGAAGCAGCAGGAGCUUGUACGCAGUGUCUAUGGAGUUUUAUGCAGUAGAGCCGAGAUCGUGAGCAAUUUUGUGGAGACGGAUUCGAUAUUUGGUCCGGAUUCUCGUCUUGUGUACAAGCACUAUGCAACUUUGUACUUUGUCUUUGUUUUUGAUAGCUCUGAAAAUGAACUUGCGAUGCUUGACUUGAUUCAAGUUUUUGUAGAAACAUUGGACAAAUGCUUCAAAAAUGUUUGCGAGCUUGACAUAGUGUUCAAUUAUACUAAGUUGCAUACUGUUUUGGAUGAGAUCAUUUUUGGAGGUCAAGUGCUUGAAACAAAUUCUGCAGAAGUUAUGAAGGCUGUUGAAGAAAUAACAAGGUUAGAAGCAGCCUCAAAUUCUAUAACACUUGUCCCCAAAUCGGUUUCUGGUUGGCGUAGUCGAUAGCUUAUGAUAGGGGCUGUUAAGAACAGAGUUCUCUGUCAGAGUCUCAGAUGUUUUAACAGUCCCCCAGGAUUUGUCCAACCACUGCACUUCAUAGCAUUUGUUUUCGGUAUGCCCUUAAACUUAUUUGAAUUCAAUAUAGUGGUGAAAAUCAUCGACUAUACUUGCUUACAUUAAAAAACAAGAAUCUAAAGGUUAUUGAAAUUCGUAGGAGAAGCUAUUGUUUGUGUUUAGAAAACAUCCUGGAAAAGUUGACAGUGUAGGGUUAGGCGAAAGUACUUGUUUUAAGUAAUGUUUUUAAUGCCUAUGCAUUAACGGUUAACCCGUGCAUUAAUGGUGAACUUCAACGUGUAAUUCUGCAAUUGAUUCGGUAUAUAAACUACGGCCAGAUUCCCUUGUUUUUUUAUGUAAGCCGUGGCAAGAUUACAAUAAUGCUAUUUCUU